AUGGCUCAAUUAGGUGGAAGGUCAAAAAUCAAAUCUGCAGGGCUCAAGAUUCAACUUAUGGCUAAUUAUGACGACGCGAGCUCAACUGCGUCUGACACUCUGAAUAGACCUCCUUUGAACAACGCUACUUCUUCAAGCAAAAGCUGGCGUGAGGACAUUGUGCGUAUUGUUCAUCACCAUGAAGAUGACAACUCCAAAUCGCUGAAUGACAUGAAAUCCGAUGAUUUUGAGAAUAAGCGUAAGCUAGGUGAAGGGGCGGCGGGUACGGUUUGGCAAGUAAUGCAUAAACCAUCCAAUUUAAUUAUGGCCAAAAAGACAAUUACAGUUGAUCCCGAUCCACAGUUGCAACGUCAAAUCUUGAGAGAACUGUCCUUUCUCAAGACUUGUGAAUCACCCUACAUCGUAUCAUUCUAUGGCGCAUUUUUGGAUGACGGAGAGACCACGAUUGCUAUAUGUAUGGAGUUUUGCGAGGGCGGCAGCUUGGAAGACAUUUACAAGAGAGCGAGCAAAAUUAACGGUGUCAUUGGUGAGACUAUUCUGGCCAACAUUGCAGAUUCCGUUUGUAAGGGUCUGAUUUAUUUGCACUCUCAAAAUGUCAUUCACAGAGAUAUCAAACCCUCCAACAUCUUGAUGACCAAGAAGGGACAAAUUAAAUUAUGUGAUCUGGGUGUAUCUGGAGAACUAAUUAAUUCGAUGGCAGAAACAUUUACAGGCACACAAUACUAUAUGGCGCCUGAACGUAUCAAGGGCGCAACGUAUUCCGUUAGUUCCGAUAUAUGGUCCCUAGGCUUAACCAUCAUUGAGGUAGCACAAAACAGACCAGCAUUACCUCCUCCUGGCCAACCUCAUUUAAGCAUCUUUGAGUUAUUGGACUUUAUUGUGCAUCAACCUAUGCCAACUGUUGGUGCUGACCGCUCUCCUGAGUGCCAACACUUUGUUGAGACAUGUUUGAUUAAAGAACCAGAGAAACGACCUUCACCCGAGCAAAUGCUGGAACACGAUUUUGUCAAAUUAAGAGCUGAUCCAAACUGCAAUAUAGAAGGUUGGCUGAAAGAACUAUGGGAGUGGUAA